GGCCUAAAGUCCUAAACCACGAGUUUAUAAACAAUGUGCCCAUGGUCCCUUUCCUAAAAUCUCUCCUCAUAGUACUCACUCAACUUUCAAUUCUCAAAAGUCUAAAAGUUAGCACAUUCACUCAACAAAACUAAAAUUUCCACCCACUAUUUUCCCAAAAAGUAAAGUAAAAGAAAAAGAGUGAGUAACUAACUAAGAUGGGUGUAAGCAACAACAUAACAGCAACUCUAAACUUCAUAGCCAUAUUAUCCUCAAUUCCCAUAAUAGCCUCCGGAAUUUGGCUAGCAUCAAACCAAGACAACCAAUGUAUCAACCAUUUCCGAUGGCCAAUUGUCAUACUAGGAAUCCUCGUACUCCUCGUUUCUUUAGCUGGUUUUGUCGGUGCUUAUUGGAACAAACAAGGUCUUUUGGCACUUUACCUUUUCACUAUGGCGCUUCUCAUAGCUAUCCUCCUUAUAAUCCUUGUCUUUGCCUUUGUCGUUACAAGACCCAAUGGAAUCUAUGUUGUUCCUGGAAGAGGGUAUAAAGAGUAUAGUUUAAAUGGAUUUUCUUCUUGGCUAAAGAAGCAUGUUACUGGUUCUGGAAGUUGGGAGAAGAUUAGGUCGUGUUUGGCUGUUUCUGAUGUUUGUAUUAAACUUACCCAGAAUUAUAUCACCGCUGAUCAAUUUUUCAGUUCUCAUAUCUCUCCGUUACAGUCAGGAUGUUGCAAACCUCCAACAAUAUGUGGAUACAAUUAUGUGAGUCCCAUAACAUGGACAAACCCUGUGAAUCCAAUGGCUGAUUCAGAUUGCUACCUGUGGAACAAUGAUCAAAACCAACUAUGCUACAAUUGUAAUGCUUGCAAAGCUGGUCUACUUGGAAACCUAAGAAAAGAAUGGAGGAAAGCAAAUAUUGUUCUGAUUGUUGCAGUGGUUGUUCUUAUAUGGGUUUAUGUCAUUGCUUGUAGUGCCUUUAAGAAUGCCCAAACUGAAGACCUCUUUAACCGUUACAAACAGGGUUGGGUUUGACAUCUCUCAUCAAAUCAAAUCUAAUGAUUUCCACAAUGUUUGAACUUUGCAGCUGCAGUAGGAUCCAAAUCCGAGUAUAUCCUCAUUUCUCACUUAGAACAUUUUCAACUUUUUUAUACUGAGUCUUUUUAUUGUUAGCUCUCUAUUUAUAUGCAUUGUAAGUAAGUUCUCAUGUGAUGUGAAGUUUUUCGUGUAUGGAUCAUCUUCAGCUGCUGCACAGUAUGUAGAGUUGUCAGGUUUAGAUAAAUAAAUUUUCUCUAUAUAAUCUGAAAACUCUACUUACUGUAAUACGGUAUAUUGUAAAGAUAUGAUCAUAUGAGUGUUUUUAUAUAAGAAAAAGUAUGGUCCAAGCAUAUGAUUAAAGUGAUUCUAUAUUGUAAAGAUGUGAUCAUAUGAGUGUUUUUAUAUUUUAAUACUAUCAACUAUCAAGAUAUUCAUGAGCAUAAA